AUGCCAGUCCUCGAGACGUCCAGCUCGGCACCCGGCACCACCGGACGGCGCAGCGCGCUGACCUGUGCUCGAUGUCGCGCUCGGCCAGCAUCUUUGCAGACACGAGGAGGAAGCACUGGAGCAGCGUGCGCUCUAUGCGCCAAAGCAGGUCUGGUUAAUCGGCUCAAACCUUCUUUUGACAAGUGUAGAGGAGCGGAGCUCUGGGCAUCGCUGUGCCAGGACGGGUCGCCCGAACUUGCCAAGACGACUGGCACCGAUGAUGGGGAGCGUCAAAGGUCGUCAGGGAGACGGGCCAGGACACAGCAUGGCACCAUCGCUCUGGCCUGGGAUGGAGGCGUCGAAGGCCGGUGAGUGUGCAGCAGCGAUAUCUCAGCGCGUGCUAUAGACUCGCCUCUGAGCUCAAUCGCGCACCUAUUGCAGCGUGCUGCUCCAUCUCGCCUGUUCAGAGCUUCUUCACACCAGCAGUGGUAACAUUGGCGCAGGAGUCAACCGCGAAGAGGCUCUGCAAGAUGACCUAGAAGGUGCAAACCGCGUGGCGCUGCUGCCCUCACAGGUCAAGCGUCUCGGCAAGAAGGGAACGCAAAGGCCACAAGAAAUCAAGCACAUAGUAGUGAUACACGUGUACGACGACAGCACGCCGGCUUCUACUUCGCAUAGCAGAAGACAGCUCAUCGAAGCCGCAGUCGCAGAGGAGGGUGGAAAGGACGCUGGUUUGCGACUUGUAUGCGUGCCUUUGUCAAGCGUGUUCUCGAGGGGGAAGGUAUAUGGAAAGGUCCGCUGCAGCGCUUAUCCUAGAGGUGAGUCCGUGGCCCAGCAACGUAAGAACCACAUGUAUCAUCGCAAUACGGUGAAUCUCGUCAGCAAGGGCAUCCAGAGUGUGCUCUGAUAAUAAUGAAGGCAGGGCGAUGAGCGUCUUUCGGGCAGAGACGAGAUGCCUACCGGCCUCGCCUCACUCCAUCGCUCGCGGAUCUGCUCACGGGUCCCCUUCCUUUCCGCACAGGGCCGCGUCGUCUCUCUCAAGACCACGAGUUGCUUCCCAAUGGAAGCGCCGCAGACUCUCAAGGUUCUUCCAGCGCUGAGGCAGCUCUGUCUCACCUUCGGAGUGCGCUGAACCCACCAGACGCACCCCGCGCCCAAGCAGCGUCCUGUCUUUCUCGCAUUAUCUCGCUCCGCAAGGUCUUCACCGAGAGAGUCCUGUUUCGCACGGCCAAGGAAGUGGGCGCUACAUGUCUGCUACUAUCGCAAAGUGGAACAGGGUGUGCCAAUGCAUUGCUUGGAGGCAUUGUGCAUGGAGGCGGGCACGCUGUUCAAAUUGCAGGACGCGACGGAUGGCGAGAAGGUGAGCACACUAGUAAGCAAGGGCCAUCUAUGCCAUCGCUUUUCAGGCGGGCUAUCAGUACCACAGAGAUACAUCAUGGUGGCCCACUCUGAGCUAAUGUGUGCCAAUGAUCCACCCUUGCCUUGCAGAUGUCCUGAUUGUACGACCACUGCGCGAAGCGCUGCUCAAGGAGGUCAUCUAUUACGCCCACCAUCAACGGCUGAAAUACGCCUCUGCAAUCUUCGAUGACGGGGCUACAUCGUCAGGAAUGGCAAGCUUGCGCGGUGACAAGAGCAGCAUCGGCCGUCUCACGCAAGGUGAGAGCCGUAAUUGGGAAGCAUCCUUUCAUUGUAUAGUCUGACCAUACUUCACUUGCUUCUGAUCACCCAGCCUUCAUUUCCCUGUUGGAAUCAAACGCCCCGUCGACUGUCAGCACAAUCAACAAGACCAGUUCGAAACUUGUCUUCCAGCCGGAGCAAUCCGAGUCUAGCGCUGCGCUCGACCCAAGCGCGGAUGACAUUGCCACGAAUCGAAGCCGUUGGCCUACAGUGAUAGCCGGGCCGUCUGUUCCCCUACCCUUGAAGCGAGCCCAGCAGACUGCGAGCGCCAUUUGUGGUAAAGAACAAAAUCUAGGCACAGCCGCUCGGCGGUUACUCUCAGCAGCGAGGGACUCGCCUAAGUGGAAGAGUCCAGGCAUCAGCCACCGAACUGCAAAGAACAUGCCUGGUCAAGGCGAUGCUCUUGAGCCCGCCGAUGGUCUCUAUGCAUGGACCCCCUCGUGUCCGUUGUGUUUGUUGCCUGCUAGCCGUCAACGGCACCAGUGGACCGAUGCUUUGCGUGUACACGUUCCCGAGGCGCAGCUCAAGCCGCCAUUGGCGCAUCAAGCUCAAGAGCCUACCAUCGAUCUGGGACGCUUGCUCUGCUACGCGUGCGCUCAGAUUUUGGAGACACCGGACCCCGCGCCCGUCUUCCGAGGGGCCCCUUUGCUCGCCGAUAUGGAGUCAAGUUCUGCCGUGAUGUAUCUGCCCGAGUACGUCUUGCACGAGGCCAGCAAAGAGCUACAAGCCGAACGUGUCCAUCUACAAAAGCUUGUUCACCCAGAUGGCAAUGCCAUGGAGCGGCUCACUGCGCGAGGCGAAGACGAUGGGACGUCGGACCGCCUCGAGACUAUCGCCGCCUCUGACAUUGAGGAUCUGGAGCAUCUUACCUCUCAUCCAACGCGAGGAAAGCACACGCCUAGGCAGAUCACCCGAGACGAGAUGCUCGGGGAGCUCAAAGAUUAUCUGGUCACAUGA